GUCACCUUCUCCUUUGGCCCUUAUCAAAGACUUGUCCUUCAAAUUAUUUUUUUUCCCUUUUUUGUUUUUCUCUUUUCAUUUGAGUAUCGUUCUUCAUCUUUCUCAUCUCGAAAUUCUCAAAUUAUAAAGGAAAAUCCAAAUUGCUUGAGUAUAAAUUUCAAUAAACUUGAAGCCGAUUUCAUAGAAAGGUAAAAUAAAGGGUACUCCAAUAACAAGUUUCAGAGUAAUUUUAUAUUUACUUGCUGAAUUUGAAGUCAACAAAUUUGCUUACUGUUGUGGGUUUUGUAAUUUGUGAGGAAAAGGGUUUGAUUGAAUCAAGAUUUUGGCAUCUGAAAAUUGUUAAUUUUUGAGGAAGAAAUAAUAGAGCUCUUAGAUUCAUGGAGCGGUAUAUAGUUUUUCCUUAUUUUCGCGGUAUUUUCGAGUGAUUAUUGUGUGUAUCUUCUUAAUCUUUAUAUAGAGUUAAAAUCAGUGUAUUUUCUGGGGAAUUGUUGAUGCUUGGUCAAAGACAAUGGAGGUGUAUAUGGCCAGAUUUCUAUAUCUUUAGCAAUAGUUAUUGCUGCUCUAGUAAAUACUAUGAAGAAUCUGUUGAAGAAGCUGAAUAUUGUGCCAAAUCAAAGUGAAGACAUAGAAGGGUCUAACAAUAAUAGUGCUAGCAAUAGUAGUAAUUCGUCGAAAUCGAGUAAGUUGAAUGCUGGACCAUCUCCUCAUUCACAGGCACAUCAACUAUUUGAGCAUAAUAAACCCUUUACUACUUUGGCUGGAUGGUUUCAUACAGUUACUAAUAGGAAGGGUGCUAGUUCCCCGUCUUCGUCGAAUGCUAAGCCACAUGAUAAUAUAAUGGAGCAACAACACUUAGAAUCUGCCAGCAGUUGUGGUUUGAGUAUUGGCUCUGAUGUCGUUGCAAAGCGCGACUCGGAGUCUAGUAAUGCAAAGGAUCCUGACAUUGAGGAAGAGUAUCAAAUCCAAUUAGCUAUGGAAAUGAGUGCUAGGGAAGAUCCUGAGGCUGUUCAGAUUGAAGCGGUGAAGCAAAUUAGUUUAGGCUCUUUUACACCAGAGAAUACUCCUGCAGAAGUUGUUGCAUAUAGGUACUGGAAUUACAAUGCUCUUAGCUAUAAUGACAAGAUCUUGGAUGGUUUCUAUGACUUUUACGGUGUGAUCACUGGCUGUGAGUCAUUGAGGAUGCCUACCCUUGUUGACCUUCAAGCAACACCAGUAUCUGAAGGUAUUAGUUGGGAAGCAAUUUUGGUCAACAGGGCUGAUGAUGCUAAUCUUCUUAAGCUUGAACAGAAGGCCCUUAUUCUUGCUGUCAAGGCAAGGUCAGAACCUCUUCUUCUAGGUGAUUCUGCACUAGUGCGACAACUUGCGACUAUGGUAUCUGACUACAUGGGUGGACCCGUUAGGGAACCGGAAAACAUGUUAAGAGCAUGGAAAAGCCUUAGUUAUAGUUUGAAGUCAACUCUUAGGAGCAUGGUGUUGCCGCUAGGUUCUUUAACUAUUGGACUGGCUCGUCAUCGUGCUUUACUAUUCAAGGUUUUAGCUGACAGUGUGGAUAUUCCAUGUCGUUUAGUGAAAGGCCAGUUAUAUACAGGCUUUGACGAUGUUGCAGUGAGCUUUGUAAGGAUUGAUGAUGGAAGGGAAUUUAUUGUUGAUCUAAUGUCUGAUCCAGGAACACUGAUUCCAUCCGAUAUGGCAGUUAUCCAUGUUGACUAUGCGGAUUCUCUUUCUUCUACUAGUCCUUUGUCCCGGGACAUUGAGUCAAAUAUGGGCACUGGUAGCAGUGAGGCGGUGAGUUCAUUUGAUGAGCCAUCAGAUUGUGGUACACUAGAUGAGAAGAUAUACUUAAAAAAGCAGCCUGUUAGGAUAGAAGAUCCCAGUGACAGACUUGCUUCCACAGCUUCUGCUAACCUUCUCAGACCAGGAUUUAGUGAUGACGAAGUGCAUACAUCUACUAAGUUCAGUCCUAGUGAAGUCAAAAAGCUACCAACAGAAGCGGUUCCGUCUAGAAGUCAAUAUCCUAUUUUGCAUGCAAGAUCCCCUUCCUGGACAGAAGGAGUUAGUUCACCAGCGGCUCGAAAAAUGAAGGUGAAGGAUGUUUCACAAUACAUGAUUGAUGCUGCCAAAGAAAAUCCCCAAUUAGCUCAGAAACUCCAUGAUGUGUUGCUCGAAAGUGGAGUUGUCGCUCCUCCCAAUUUGUUCACUGAAGUCUAUUCAGAUCAUUCAGAUGUAUCAGUCACUUUUACUAAGACUGAAGGAGAAAGAAGGCAAGAAAAUAAAAAGAGGCUGGAAAGCAGAAAGCCUAAUAAUCUGGAUGAUUCUGCUCAACCAAAAUUCUUGCCUCCUUUGCCUCUCUAUAAAGAGCCACCAAGGGCUUCUCCUAGCUUGCAAUUGGAAAGUUUAAAGCCCGUACAAGAUUCCGGGAUUGACAACGUAGUAGUAGAUGCUGGAAAACGUAGCACAAAUCCUUUUGUAAUGCAAUCUGAUGUGACUCCAGUAAAAUAUGGGAAAAAUGUUCCUGUUUCAGCAGCUGCAGCAGCAGCAGCUGCUGUUAUUGCCUCAUCCAUGGUAGUUGCUGUGGCCAAAUCGAGCCCUGAUCCAAAGUUUGAAUUCCCUGCUGCAGCUGCUGCAACUGCUACAACUGCUGCUGUGGUAGCAACAACCGCUGCUGUUGGUAAGCAGUAUGAACAUAUGGAUGCUUCUCCUCGCUCACCGUAUGGAGAUAUUGGUUUCUUCAAUGAAAUGGUUGGCUCAAGGAUUGGGGAAGGGGAUGAUGCUAGUGAGGAUCUGCGUGGUUCUAGCAAGGAGCAAAACACUUCUGGAGCAAAUUCAGAGGACAGAACAUCUGAUAGGUCAGCAGGGGGAGAUAGUGCAAGCAGUGUAAGAUCUGAAAUGCCAGAUGAUGUGUCAGAUUGUGAGAUCUCGUGGGAGGAAAUCACCUUGGGUGAGCGUAUCGGACUUGGGUCAUAUGGAGAAGUUUAUCGCGGAGAUUGGCGUGGAACUGAAGUAGCUGUUAAGAGGUUUUUAGACCAAGACAUUUACGGAGAGUCUCUUGAAGAAUUUAAAAGUGAGGUUCGUAUCAUGAAAAGACUAAGACAUCCAAAUGUUGUUCUGUUCAUGGGAGCUAUUACUCGUCCACCAAAUCUAUCCAUUGUUACAGAGUUCCUUCAUAGGGGUAGUUUGUACAGAUUACUUCACCGACCUAACAAUCAAUUAGAUGAAAGGCGGCGUUUAAGGAUGGCGUUUGACGCUGCGAGGGGUAUGAAUUAUCUUCAUACAUGUUCACCUGUUAUUGUUCAUCGUGAUUUGAAAUCUCCAAAUCUUCUUGUUGAUAAGAAUUGGGUGGUAAAGGUCUGUGAUUUUGGCUUAUCUCGUAUGAAGCACAGCACGUAUCUUUCUUCUCGUUCAACUGCAGGAACGGCUGAAUGGAUGGCUCCAGAAGUGCUUCGAAAUGAACCGUCUGAUGAAAAGUGCGAUGUAUAUAGCUUUGGAGUUAUACUUUGGGAGCUUUGCACUCUCCAGCAGCCAUGGGGAGGCAUGAAUCCUAUGCAGGUGGUUGGUGCCGUUGGCUUUCAGCAUCGGCGUUUGGACAUUCCAGAUGAUAUUGAUCCUGCAAUUGCUGAUAUCAUUCGUAAAUGUUGGCAAACAGAUCCAAAAUUGCGACCUACUUUUACUGAGAUCAUGGCUGCAUUGAAGCCGCUUCAGAAGCCUAUAGGUCCACAGUUGCCAAGACCAAGUUUGUCAAGAAGUGGUGAAUAGGAGAAAUAGUGAUCAUGGAUCAGCAAUGGCUUUUCACUCAUGAAAUUGCUCUUUCUGAUGGAAUAGAGUGUGGCAAAAUAGCAUGUUGCCUAAAGUUUGAGGGAAAUUCCUAGCAAUCUGGGAAAAAAAAUUGUACAAAUGAGACUGGAUCAAGAUCCUGAAUGAUAUAUACCCCAAACUUUAGAUAAAUAUGAUUUUUUGUACGUUGUCUUCUCAUGUGAUCCUGAUUGCUGUUGUGACUCUCCUCACUGCCUCUCUCUCUCUCUCUCUGGCGGUUAAAAGUUCUUGAAUAUUAUUGUAAUCAUUGAAUUGAUUUUGAUUUUCAAGGGUUGAUAUUAAUGAUUUGCUAAUUGGGAUGAC